GUCACAUGAUCCUUAUGUCAAUCUGUGCAGCGGUGGCGGCGACAAAGUACUAAAGGCGAGCAAAUUUAGCCUCGCGCUUAGCAUAUCGAAAUAUUUGAAGUUGAAAGUCGUAACCAGAAACCUUAUUCGGUUUUGUUAGCAAGAACGGCGCUUCAUCAUCCCAACAAAUCGGCGCGCUUAACUUUUGCUUUUCCCUUGCUGUUGUUGUGACGCUCACGUUAGCCUAGCUAGCACAACAUCAUCCAGGUUAGCUAACUAGCUGCGCCCUGUCUGUUGUUGUGUUGCCGUGAUUUCGCUCUGACAAGUCACGAAGUAGCUCGGUGAGAAAGCGGACAAACAUGACGCAGCUCGCUCUUGUGCAGUCAUGGUUCCUGGGAGUAACGUUACAGCUGAUUUUAGCUGCUGUCCUGCACCAGGGUUUGGCUACUGUUGCCCCGCCCACAACAGCCCAAACCACUACCACACCGCACAAGGACCCUGGCAGACCUGAAAAAGGCACCUACAUGGUGAAAAACAGCAAUGGUACUGUUUGUUUACUGGCAUCCAUGGGUCUCCAGCUCAACAUCACCUUCAUGUCUGUCUCCCAGAAUAAGACUGUGCAGGAUAUCAUGAACCUUCAGCCCAAUGUGACCAAGAGCUCUGGAUCAUGUCAGCAAGACAGCGCCUCCCUGCAGCUCACAACAGACGCGGAGAAGACCAACCUCACCUUUUUCUUCACCCUGAACACUACAUCCAGUAAGUACCACCUGAGUGAAGUGUCUCUGUCAGCAGCCUGGCCAGACAUGAAAGAGCCCUUCGUGGCCCUUAACCGCAGCCUGGAUUACCUGCGAGGGACCCUGGGGUACUCAUACAUGUGCCGUGAGGAGCAGACUCUAAAUGUGGCCGAAGGUUUGUCCAUCAACACCUUCCAGGUGCAGGUGCAGCCAUUUGGUCUCAACGGAGAUCAGUUUGGAGCAGCUGAGGAAUGCCAGUUGGAUGAAGAUGACAUGUUGAUCCCCAUCAUAGUCGGAGCAGCUUUAGCGGGUUUAGUCCUCAUUGUGCUCUUGGCCUACCUCAUUGGCAGGAAGAGGAGCCAUGCCGGCUACCAGACCAUCUGAGUUCACUUGUCACACUCGCGUUCCCUGAGGCCAGAGUGCGCUGUCCCACCCCUGAGAUUAACCACUGUUUUAUGAGACUUAACCCCCCACCCCCACCCCACCCCAUCCCCCUCUAUCCCUCCAUCUUGCCUCUUUGUGUGCCGCUCUUUGCCCUCAUCAGUAGUAGUAGUCAGUAUCACUUUGUCAAGGUUGAUAUGCUCUUUCUGAACUGACCUGCUCUCUCAUUUAACAAGGGUACUUUGUUUGGAGACUUACAAUGACAUGAGGAAAAACUGGUACUGCGUAGAGCAGGUGAUGGAUGUUGAUCAGAGGGUCCAUGGGAGUCCUUUCAUUAUGUUCUACUAUUUAUGAUUUCUGUGAUAGGAAUUUUGAGGGACUGUGGGACUUGAGGGAAUUGCUGCUGUAGUUUUUUCAUGUGUUUGUCAUUAUAAAGGGAAUACUUUAACUUCACUACAGAAGAUCUGGCAUAUUUUUUUUAAUUGUAACUCUGCAUUGAGUCCAAAUAUGCAGAUUUUAUGGAUCACACUAAACAUGCAGUAAUGUAAUCCUGAAAAGGAUAUGCGAGGUGCCCUGUCAGUAGCUAAGCUGCUUAUAGGAAUUUAUUUUGUUUUUGUUAUGUUUUGGGAUUAAUGAUGGUGAUAUGUUCUUUUGCUUCUAAAUGUUCUCAACUCAUUUGAUAUGGAGACUGUAGAUGCAUUUAUCAGGUUUGUAAUAAUUGUGUUUGGGCAUUUUGGCCCUUUUCCCAUCAUUAAAGGAAGGCAUGCUGGGAAAUAGGCACAUUUCCUUUCUAGCUGAGAGUUAGAUGAGCAGGUUGAUAGCACUCACAUAUUUGCUAAAUGUGAAGCUACAUCCAAGACUUCAGUUUAACAAGCUAUAAUGUGUUAAUUAGUGAGCUUUAGAGACUUAAGUUACCUUUGACAGAGCCAGGCUAGCUGUCCCUUCCGUUUACAGUCUUUAUGCUAAGCUAAGUGUCUCCUGGUUGUGUUUUCAUAUUUACCUUAGAGGCAAGAGAGUGGUAUUAAUCUUCUCAUCUAACUCUAGGCAAGAACACGACUAUCCCAAAACGUUACACUCCUUUAAGUGAUCGUAGCCACUCUCUUUUGGAUUCUGUUGUUACAUUGUACACACAAACGCAACAUGAGUUGUUUAAACAAUCUUGAAGAAAAAAAGUGUUGGCCUAGGUGGAUGAAAAAGCUCAGGACAUCAGUGUCAGAACGUCAUUAUGUUGUUGUUGUUGUUGUUGUAGUCCACUUGGUGUUUUGUGUUUUUGUUGCCCUGAAUGUGGGUCCAUUUGGGAUUUUGGUUUCUGAAGGGAAACAAGUUGCACUAAAGUGAAGAGAAGCAGCCCCAUGUAACGAUUAAAAUGGUCAAAAUGCUCUGGUUAGUGUUCAUCAGUGCCUUCCCAGCUGUAUCAGAGAUGGGAUUAAAGUAAAGCCAAUACCACAGAUGUACCCACUCACUCAUUGACACUGUGUGUGUGGUCAUGUGCCGGACAUUUUCUUUGUGUCUCACAAAGCCUUCAUGUACUGUUACUACCAUAAAUAUGUGUUGUUUGACAUAGUAGGAGAAGGUUUUUUUUUUUUUUGCUUUUUGUCCUCUUUCAACUAAACAUCAACAAUAAUGAUUUGAUAAGGUUUUAAUGGAUUUGUUUGAAUUGUUUUCUAAAGGAAAGGUCAAUAAAAGUAAACGAAUAAAG